AUGGAGAAUUCUGAGGAGAAAGAAACAAUUGAAUUAAAAUCGAGGUCAGAUCUGAACAAAAGACUAUUAACAGCUAUGUUAGAUCCGGAACAAGUAAUUUUUAGUAACAGCUUAUUUGUUGUUUUGGAAGAUAAGUACCCAAAAUCGGAAUGGCACUUCUUAGUGGUACCUUGGAAAGAUAUUCCUACAAUCAGAGAGGUAACCUUAGAUGAUCUAGAACUACUGAAAAUGAUGGAUAUGUUCGGAAGGGAAAUAGCUUAUGAAAAUAUCGGGAAUAAUUCAUUUUGGAUGGGAUAUCAUGUUGAACCAACGAUGUAUAGGCUUCAUCUUCAUGUUCUGAGUACUGAUUUUUGUGGCAUUGGAAUGAAUUCAAUACGACAUUGGAAUUCAUUUACAACACCAUUCUUUGUUGAAUCAGAAAGAGUGAUUCAAGAUUUGGAGAAGUACGGAAGAAUAGAUCUACCUUCGACACUGCAAUGUAAGAAUUUCUUGGCAACUCCGUUAAAGUGCUACAAAUGUUCUCACAUGCCGAAGAAUGUCAAUGCUCUUAACAAACAUUUAUUGGUUCAUAAAAAUAACUGUUGA